CUAUAUUUGGUAUAAAGUAGUGUAGAUAUUGUCAGUUGGGAGGUUGAGCCUCGCUUAAUCAGAUAAGCUUCAGCUUCGAGCUAUCGACAUCUCCACAAGAAAUAAUCCCAAAAACCACCAGCACGACCUCCCACGCCCACUAAUCCACUCAAUUCCUCUCCUCAUCCUCCAUCAGCAUCUCCAGGCGCCGCCACGAUGAUCCGCGUGCCCUACAACCUCAAAGCCGCGCCCGCGCUGAUCCUCCCGCCGACUGCAAACACCCUGCCUGCCGCGAUCGCCGCGACAAAAGCAUUUCUGGACCCGAGCACCGGCUCGACGGCGGUGAUCACCGGAGCCGGCGUCUCGGUCGAGUCCGGGAUACCAGACUACCGCGGGCCGACGGGGACGUACACUGUCAACAAGGGGUACCGGCCGAUUUUCUACUCGGAGUUUAUCGAUCGUCAUGACGUGCGCAAGAGGUAUUGGGCGCGCAGUUUUCUGGGGUGGGAGGCGGUGCGGCAGGCGAAGCCGAAUAGGGUGCAUCGGUAUAUAGGUGAACUGAUGAAGGAAGGCUGGAUAAGCAGUUUAGUAACUCAGAAUGUCGACUCACUACACUCCCACUACGUCCCCGACGUCACAGAAAUCCACGGCUCCCUCGCCUCCGUCGUCUGCAUGACCUGCCACACCUCGAUCCCGCGCGUCGACCUGCAGACCCAACUCGCGGAGCUGAACCCGGCCUGGGCCGAUCUCCUCCAACAAGAGCUCGACCGGCUCGCGCGCGCCAAAUCCGCCGUCCGCGACCCGAUCAAGGAUUUCAGACUAAACCCGGACGGCGACCUCGAGCUCCCGGACUCGAUCCGGUACGACGACUUCAAGUACCCUGCCUGUCCCGCCUGCGUGGGCAGCGGCGUCGCGCACGUCGAUAUCGGCGACGGCAUGUCGUGGUCGCUCGAGAACCAGGACGUGUCGGUGCCGCAUUCGAAGCGGAAGUGUAAGGACGUCGGCGUGUUGAAGCCAAACGUGGUGUUUUUUGGCGAGAACGUGGAUCCUGAUAUGCGGGCGGCGGCGGAGCGCAAGAUGAGCGAGGCGGAUAAGAUCUUGGUGGUCGCGAGUUCGCUGGCGACGUACUCUGCGUUCAGACUGAUCAAGGAGAAUAAAUUGGCCGGGAAAGCCGUCGGGGUUAUAAAUAUGGGUCCGGUCAGAGGCGAGCAUGAUUUACUGGGCGAGGGUGAUCUCAGGUUAUCGUUUUUGGCGGGCGAUGUGUUGGGUGGAGUAUGGGAUUCGUUGCGCAAGGCGCAGCAUCGGAACCAGCAUCAAGCGCAUCUAUAGCUGCUGGAGAACUGUAAAUAUACAUGCUGU